UUUUUUUUUUUUUUUUGAAAGAAACCAACAGCCAUUUUAUAAAUUAUGGAUGUGUUGCCUAGUCAAAGACAACCUCCUUCUUCAACAAAAUCAUCGCUAGGUGCAGGAGUUAAUCGAGAUCAACAAGUAGAGAAAUUAUUAAAAGAAGUAAAACAACUAAAGCAAAAGGUAGAUGUACUUGACAAAGAGAAUAUUGCGUUGAAAAAGAGUAUAUACGACCUGUCUGCAAGAUAUGCAGCUUCUAUUUCUCAAGGUGGUCUUUCUUAUAGACCAGGUCCGUUUGUCAUUGACAAUGAAGUUGCGACAACAGGAAAAGCACAAGAGAUGAUUACAAAAGCGGUACAAGAAGCUAAUGGCGAUAUGGAACCUUUUCAAUCAGUCUAUCCUCAUGAUUCUCGUGAUGGUAAACCAUUUCAAAUGAGAUACGAGCUCAAGGGUCAUACUGGUGCCGUAUAUACUGUUGAAUUCUCACCCAAUGGCGCGCUUUUAGCCUCAGGAUCAUUUGACAAAACCGUUCGAAUUUGGGAUACUGCUUCUGCACAAAAAGAGACGCUUUGUUUAAAAGCACAUACACUCAACUUGUCAGAUUUAGCUUGGACACCUGAUUCAUCUAUGCUACUUUCAGGUGGUUAUGAUGAGACUUGUAAAACAUGGGAUGUAGAUUCUGGAAAAUUAUGUAGUAGUUACGACACCGAAGGUCUUGUUCAGUGUGUUGCAUGGGAUUUCGUAGAUUCCUGUAUUUUUUAUUAUGGUACUUCUCGUAAAGUACUUGCUAUGGUAGAUAUUAGAGCAGAAGGAAACGCUUCGGUCAUUAGAAACGAUGCAAUGAUUAACACUUUAUAUGCUUCGAGAGAUGGUAUACAUGUUAUCACAGGUGAUGCUCAGGGUUUUGUGAAAGUAUGGGACGUCAGGUCAAAGCAGUGUAUAUCCUCGAGAUUGAACGAUCCUAGUAAAAUGCCUAUAACACAUAUAUCCGUUGGAAGAAGGAGCACAGAUGCGUCAAGAAGAGCUAUUGAUGAUUACGAUGAACCUAGAUAUAUGGCCCUCAACAGCUACGACAAUUUACUACGUGUAUAUGAUCGUGGCAUGGAUCCUCCAAAGUCCGAUCUUCGUUUGGUUCACUCAUUGAAAGGAUUUAAAAACAAAAACUGGCCCAUCAAGUCAUCUUUUUAUUGUGGUAGUGGAUACAAUUCGUCUAUCCUUAGUAAACCUUCAGCAACCAACGAUGUUUACGGAGAUUCGGAUCUUACACCCAAUCCAGGGGAUUAUUUGUUUGAUUCACAAGAGCCUAAAGAGGAAAAGAGUGUGUUAUUAGCUACAGGCAGUGCUGAUCCUUACGCAUACUUAUAUAAUGUCGGUGAAGAUAGUGCAGAACUUAUGCAACGUUUAGAAGGUCAUACGGAUAGAGUUUAUGCUGUUAACUUUCAUCCUACUGAACCUAUUUUGGCAAGUUGCUCUGCUGAUUUCACUGUCAAGGUUUGGGGUCCAAGCUUACAUAGAGGAAAAAAGAAGACUCUGAAUUAAUUUUGUUAAAUAAAAACAUUUUGUACAUAG